CAGGCGUUCCAAUCCCCCUCCAGACCACCCGAUUCAGGCGUUCCAAUCCCCCUCCAGACCACCCGAUUCAGGCGUUCCAAUCCCCCUCCAGACCACCCGAUUCAGGCGUUCCAAUCCCCUCCAGACCACGUGAUUCAGGCAUUCCAAUCCCCUCCAGAUCAAUCAUGUGAUUCAUGCGUUCCAAUCCCUCCAGAUCAAUCAUGUGAUUCAGGCGUUCCAAUCCCCUCCAGAUCAAUCAUGUGAUUCAGGUGUUCCAAUCCCCUCCAUAGUCAAUAGCUAAAGACCUCCAAACUCGGUGUGGCCUUCAGAUGAGCCCAACAACAUUGCGUAGAGAGCUUCAUGGAAUGGGUUUCCAUGGC